CAGUGCCCCACAAGCUUGUCGCAUUUUGGACUCUUGGGAGUCGAUCGACUGACGGAGCCAUUCUCGUUCGCAAAUACCGUAUUACCUAUUUUAAGCUCUAUCGAACCUCAAGACCACCGUGCACACAGCUGCUAGGCACGAAUUUAAGUCCAACAUGGGAGGUCUAAACUUGGAGGUGUUCAAGUUCGGGAUGUACCUCAUGUUCCCCAUUGGCAUCAUGUACUACUUCGGUACAAACCUCGAUGACCGCUUCAGUGUCCCCGGCUUCUGGCCCAAGCCCGAGCAAUCCAACAAAGUUCCUUACGAUCGCGAAGAGAUCCACGCGGAGCUCGAGAGGUUACGAGCAAAACGACUGUAUUUGCGCGAGAAGAGGUUAGCCGCCGAGGCACGGGCUGCUGCGUUGAACCAGAAUCAGGAAUCCGCCCAGCAACAGCACGAGUAAACUCUCUUGUGAGGAAGACCUGUUUGGUUGAUGGCCGAAUUGGAGGAGGUGGGGACAACGUCUACCUGCAUGACAUUAAGAAGCGGCCGCUGAUGAUGAUGUGGAAAAUUACGGCGUUUACGGAAUAAUCUUU